UUCAUAAUGGUAUUAUAGGAGAAUCUGAGAGUAAAAUUUAUCAAACGUGCGUGAUAUGAAAAAAUUGGCGAAUAUUUAUUGUUCAUAAUGAUAAGUGAACUGAAAGUCAGGUUUCUUGAUUAUUGAUUUGGUCUUUAUGUGAUAAUUUAGAUACGAUUAACAAUAAAUGAAAUUCACCGCAAUGGUGAAAAAGUUCAGAUAAUUAAUUGAGAAUUUAGAAAGACAGUUUUGCAAUGUUUGAGGGAUACAGUUCAGCCAAAAUAUGACAUUCAGGUGAUUAAAUUUAAAAUGAAUUGUAAAUGAAAUGUUCUGAGAUAUUGUUAGAGCUCACAAACGGACAAAACGGCACAUUUGCAACAAUACAAAUUAAACUAGAAGAAGUUUUAAUUUUUAUGUUAUACUUCUGAAAAACUUGAAAAUUUGUGUAGAAGCUUAAUAGCAAAUCUACAUAAGAAUAAAAUGUGAUAUAAUGUUGGUACGCUUUUUGCUAACUCAUAUUUAUACUCACAGUCUCAGGUUUGAGCGCAUUUCCUCUUAAUUGGUAUUACAGCGAAUUUUGCAAUAAUAAAAUUUAACUGUAGCAAUAUUGAUUAGGUCCUAUUGUAGGCUUUGAUUUAUACCAAUAGCUGAACGACAGUGAAUGCAAGGGCACAGCGUUUACCCUAAUGACCUUGCCCAAUUUGAUUUUCGAAAUGUAAAAAAAUACUUCAAGUCAGUAAGGCAACUGUUCCCAAGUCUGUGUGUUUAUUUGUAUAUAUACAAUUAGCUUCGACAUUCCGACCUGAUUAAUAUUUAAGACUGGCUUCUACUACUUAGUUCAUGUUGGUAUUUUAUUGCUAAUUUGUACCAUCGCAAAUUGGCUAAUAUACACUUUUGUUUAGUAUUAAAGCCAGUGACAUUAAAAACGUUGAAUAUUGCCUAUACGCGCCGAGGUUUUAGUUAAACCACACAUGAUUUUAUGUCCUUUGAGCCGUAUUCCGGUUACGCGUGUAAAAUAUUUCAGCAAAGCCUUUCUUUCAGCGUUCUUUGUUUUGUCAUGUGGUAAGUUUGACCAAUGACAGACAUCGAAUGAAAUCCGAUGUAUGAAGUGUCACUUCGCUUAUCCUGGUUAGAUUAUCCGUUCAUUGAAAAUCUAUAGCAAUAAAAUAAUAUAACAGCUUGCUUGUAAGUAUGUUAUACCGAUAGGCGUGCCCGCUUUGACAAGAUAAUAUGUUUAGUACAAAAACAGUAUAGCGAUUAUCUACUUAAUUUGCUUCGAAAACCUGAGAAUGCAAAUAAACUCAGUAAACUUCCUACCCCAAUUACUAAAAAAAAUCGCUUUUGGGUAUUGUGAUAUACAAGUGUACCAUCGUAAAACAUUGUCCGAAAAAAAAAAAUUCGUUUUGUUCUGUCAGACACAUGAUUGAAUGAUAAAUAAAUUUAUUAAAAACAUGAAUAUCAGAAUUGCACUUACCGUGGUGUUUAUUUCAAUGAACGUUCUCCCGGGAUACUCACGAAUCUGUACAACUCAAUACCAUUGUCAUGAUAAAAACACAAACAAAACUUACAAGGAUGGCGAUGUUUGGAAUUCAGUAAAUUAUCAACAAUAUGCUUGUGCCGAAUGUAUUUGCAUGGAGUCAAAAGAAUAUACGGUAUCCUGCAUUGAGUUGGAAGUGGCGAACUAUUCGGAUGUUAAACAGACCAUCAAAGGGAAUGUUCGAAAGCAGCAAUUUGAAGUUAAAGAUCAAGUGAGAAAAGAACAGCAGCGUAACUCAAAGGAACCAAAAACAGUACACGUGGAAUUAGAACUUUCAGAAAAAGAAGCGCUUGAAGUAAGAUGUCAAAAAGGAAUAAUGCCAAUUGUUGAAUCACAGAAGCAUGUACUUCUCAAACAAAUCCACCAUUUUUUCAUGAAAAGAAUUAUGCAUUGUUGUGAAAAAUUGUCGUUUUAUAGAGAUGUUGAUCCAUCCUGCACUGUCAUAUUUGACGAACUUUGUAAUUCUCAAGUUGUUGAUCGAAAAUAUCCUGAUCUUCCGUGCAAUAAACCCUUUCAAUUGACUGUUACUUAGGAAAAAAUAUUGUUAUUAUAGUUUAGUUUUCUUUGACGAUAAUUGUUGAUUUCAAGAUCGUACAAUGGAAUGCUGAAAAAAACAUUGCCUCACUCUUUGAUAUAAACUUAAUCUAACACUACAAUGCGCUUGACAAUUUAUACGCCGUGGUGCACUUCUUCGACAAGAAAAUUAUCAAUAAAUGUUCAAUUUAUUUAAUACACCAGUUCCGCGAUCAUUAAAUUUUAAAUAAGUUCGCAAUCAGACAUUUUGAUCAUAUUUAAUACAUGGAAAAUAAAUUUAGUAAUUGAUAAUUGGUUCUUAUUUUCAUUCUACUCACUAGACAAAUUUAUUUUGUAUUAUAUUUGUUUUCUAUUCUCCAGGUAUUUAUCUUGUUAUUUUUCGUUUUUUAUUCCGAAUAAUUGCUUAUUUGUCACUACUCAAAACUUUAAAAAAUUACUUGCAUGCCAAGGUAGUUUUGUUAUACUUCGUACAAAAUCAGUCCUACGAUACUUGGUCUCUGAUAUCUCAGCGAAAGAUUAGUACAGCACAUAUCAGAAACUGAUUAAAUUCUAAUUUCAAAUCAUCUAUUGAUUUUAGAGUGCUGGAUAUAAAGAAUUACUUGCUUUCAACAAUACAGCCAUUACUACUCUAUUAAGUCUUUAACUGACGAAUUAUGUCGGACAACUUUUAUAGCGACUAUCUGACUAUACUUAAAUAAAAUAUCACAGCAAAAUAUUUUUAUUUUAUUACGCUUACUUGUUGAAGCGAUGCAUUUCAUACGUCUGAAUCCCUGUAGUAAAAUGACAUAAUAUACUGUAAUCUAUAUUUUCCUUUGAAAAUAGCAGUUGCCCUGGCAUCACCGUGUUGCUGCUAGCAAACAAAUUUGUAACUGUGGGACCCGAGAUCAAAAUUCGAAUGAGUUCUUGUACAACACGAUAUUAUAUUUUGAAAACUACAAAUCAGACCAACACAGAAACAAUCAACACACAAAAUGGAGCGUGCUAGAGUAAGGUAAAAUAUCGACUCUUUUAAAACAUAAACAUUGGGCGCUCCCGUAGUAUGUGCAACAAGAUGGCGGACACAUGAACAUAGUAUGUGAACCAAGUUAGGGUUAGGCCAUAAUUUGAUUCCAUUUUUCCUUAUUUUAGU